AUGAGCUAUUCCUUGGCAACCUCGUACGUCGGCAGCAGCCUGAUCUCGGGGUUCAACUGGUUUAAUGGCGCGGAUCUGUCCCAUGGUUUCGUGGCGUAUCAGUCCCAGCAAGAUGCUCUGGCCAAAGGCCUCUACUCCAUCGAUGCUACCUCGCAGGCAGUGACCCUGCGCGUUGACACGACCAAUGUGUAUCCCGCCAACGGGACCAGCGGCGGGCGCCCCAGUAUUCGUCUGGAGAGCAAGUUGGCCGUGAACAAGGGUCUUGUCAUUGGCGAUUUUGCCCACAUGCCUGGCUCUAUAUGCGGCACUUGGCCUGCAUUUUGGAUGUAUGGCCCGAACUGGCCAAACUCGGGCGAGCUCGACAUCAUCGAGGGCGCCAGCACGGCCGUCAAGAACCUUAUGUCGGCACACACUGGGCAAGGAUGCACCCUACCCUCAUCGGGCUUCACUGGCUCGCAGGGCGCCACCGACUGUACUAGCCCAGGCAACAAUGGUAAUCUCGGAUGUGGCUACGUGCCUCCCACCUCUGACACGCACUCGUACGGCGAUGACUUCAACUCCGUCGGCGGCGGCGUUUACGCCGUUCAAUGGACCGACGAGGCCAUCAAGAUCUGGCACUUCGCGCGCUCUUCUAUUCCUCAAGAUAUCACCAAUAAGACCCCGGAUCCGUCCUCGUGGGGCCUGCCUGAAGCCCUGUUCGGCGGCUCAACUUGCAACGUCGACAAGUACUUCAAGGACAUGAGCAUCGUGAUCAACACAGACUUUUGCGGCGACUAUGCUGGCAACCUCUGGGGUGUGGCCGAUACUUGCAAUGCAGAUACAGGGGCAACCUGCCAAGAAUGGGUUGGCAACAACCCCCGGGCGUUUACCAAUGCUUACUGGGAGAUCAACUACAUUGACGUCUAUGAUGAGACUAGCUCUCCGUCCCAGUCGUCGACAGUACCAGUGCCAACCUCCUCUCGGCCGAUCUCCUCGGGGAUCUAUGGCAACUACUCCACCACUGCUACCACUUCUGCAGCCUCCUCCGCGGCGUCCUCUGCUACAGUCUCCUCGCCUGGUACAUCGUCCCCGACCCCAACGACGUCCUUGACGCGCGAUCCUGCCAAUAUUGGCGACUUUGUCCUACUCGGAUGCUUCGGCUCAUCUUCGCGCUUCGUCACGUUCGCCCUCGCCGACACAAGAUCAGAUAUGACUCCCGAGGUUUGCGUCGGACUUUGUGCGCAGAGUAAAUACGCUGGAGUGUUCGACAAUGUCGUGCUCAGGACCUGUUAUUGCGCCAACGACCUGGAUGCGGGCACCUCGGCCUUGCCAGACAUUAGCCAGUGCAGCCAGAACUGCCCCGGCAACCCAGACGAGUACUGCGGCGGUGUUAUCAACGUCAGCACUAGCCCCAACAGCGGAAGCAACAGCCGCCGCCUGCUCCGCACCCGUGCUGCCCCGGCCAAUGUCCUGUUGACCGUCUACGGAAACACGGGCUCCAUCCCUGCGCCUCGCCCCGCGCCGGCCAAGGGAGGACCGGGUGGCUCUAGUCCCCCCGCCAUCGGUGGUGCUGGUGCCGGCGUGAUUGGUGCUGCGGGCGCUGGCGCUUGUGCCAUGGUUGUUGUUACGUCCACUGUGACUUACUCGACCGUCUGCGCGACCAACCCCGCCGUGCUCGAGGUCCUGGAAUACUGCACCACCAUGACUGUUCCCGGUCCUGGGUGCAGCCUCAAGGCAAUCACCCCGCAGGUGCCGAUGACCACUGUUGUUAGAGCUUGCUCGGCUUGCGGCGCCGCCGGCGAGUCGGCUGUGACAUUGACCAUCCCCGCGGCUCUCUGCGCCACUGGCACAGGAUCUGGUGCCGUCCCGGCUAACACGGGCGCGGCUGUAGUUGUGCCGACUUCGCAACCCACCGCGGUCGUCAAUGGUUCCGGAUCGACAUCGAUAUACGUGACGGCCGCUGCUUCUAGCAACUCGGCGUACGGAGUGGCCGCGAUGCUCAUAGCUGGAGCCGUUGGCUUUGGAGCUGUUCUGCUCGCCUAA